AUGGCCUUUACCCUGUACUCGCUGCUGCAGGCCGCCCUGCUCAAUGCCAUCGCCCUGCCGCACAAGGAGAGCUUCCUCAAGAACAUCGGCUGGGGAACAGACCAAGGAAUUGGCACAUUCGGAGAGGAGCCAGGAAUCCAAUCACAGCUAAUGAACUUUAUUCGAUCUGUAAGAACCACGAUGAGAGUGCCAUUGAUAAUAGUAAACUCAAUUGCCAUUGUACUACUUUUAUUAUUUGGGUGA